ACGAUGAGCUGACUAGGCUGUCUAAUAGGCGGAAAUUAGCCGAAUCUGCUCGCAAAUUUACCUUCGUGGCUCACGGGCUUCCUUCUGCACCGAAGCAUUACAGCUAUCGAUUUUUAACAAAACAGACCUACUCAAAUGUAUCUAACCUAACUAUUUUCACUCGUUAUUGUCUAAAAAACUUUCAAUCAGGAGACGUAAUGCCGAGAAGCUCCCGUGGAGUGAAGAAGAGGUGGAGUUACGAGACUUCUCAGACAGUUGAAGUGUCCAAUGGAGUUAAGAGAUUUGCUCUCAAGCUAUUUUCAACACUUUAGAUUGGUUAAUAAUUUGUAAAAAAUAACAGACCCACAUGGGGACUGACCAAUAACAUCAAUUUGUGAAAAAAUAUGAAUUUGACCAAAUUUGGACAGGAGGUUUCCGCCCGACAGCGACGAAAUGUUAUAUUAAAUGCCUAAUGUUUAAUAUUAAUAUCUAAUAAAAUAUAAUUUUAUUUUAAAUAUUUUUAUUGACAAAUAUUUGAAUACCUAGUCAUAGUUACCAGCUGUCUGAAUACAUUUUAUUAAAUUGUGAUGGAGGUCCUUUGCAAUGUAACCAUUUAUUUCAAUCACUUAAAAUGUCUUAUAUUUUUCAUAAAUGACAGUAGUUUUACUGUAUCGUUAUUUAUAAAACGGUCAGUUCUGGUCCUUGAUUCUGAUUGGCUGAGCGGAGUUCUAAGCCCUUAUAAAAUACCUCAGUAACCCACUGCUUCUUGGGGCUUAUUGCUUUAAUAUACCACCAACCUUUUUUUUCAAGAAUACCACAGAUUUUUUUCUUUUUACACAUGAAAUACAUAGCAAAUGCAAACUGCAUGUAGAAAUACACAUUUAUUGGUUCUUCGAGCUGAACACUAAGUUACACACCCGCAUGAGGUAAAGGCCUCUGAAACUGACCACAUGAAGUUUCUGCAUGUAUAUCCACCCUCGUCCUUCACAUCCCAGCAUAGGAUGGCCUCACAUUUGCAUGCCUUGACUCCUCCCCUCCAUGCCUCUGGCCCCUCCCAUCCCGGUAUGUGAAAAUCCUUUACUGUCUAACCUUGGAACAUGUUUCAAUUAACCAGCAUAAAAAUGUGAAUUACCAUUGCAGAUGACAUUUUAUAUCGGUUUAAAUAAAAUGUUAGAAAAGUGAGCCAUUGUGCAUGUACUGUCAUAUUUGUGCGAUAUUGAUGAUUAACCAAUUGACAUCUGGAACUGCAUUUCAGAAAUUCGAUUACGAAAACUGGUUGAUGAGAGGGAGAACUUGAUAGAGCAGGUGUGUUUUUGACAGGUUAAGCGAUUGAAAGAUCAACUCGAGAAGAAGAAACCAAAGAAUGGUGAAGACUCGUCCAGUCCAGAUGGAGAUGUGCAGGAAAAUGGUGCCGACUCCAACAUGGAUUUACAGAGGGAUGCCGGCAGGCAAAUCAAUGACCUCAAAUUUAAGAUUGUCAAAUCAGAGCAAGAAAUCACGGCUCUGGAACAAAAUGUCACAAGACUUGAGGGUCAGGUCUCCCGGUACAAAUCUGGAUGUGAAAAUGCAGAAAAGGUGGAAGAUGAACUCAAAGCUGAGAAACGCAAACUCCAGCGAGAGCUACGGUCUGCACUCGACAAGAUUGAAGAGUUGGAGGCCAGUAACAGCCACCUUUCCAAAAGAAUGGAGAAGAUAAAAGCUGUUCGGGGAACAGCAACAACACCCUAGAUGUUUCAGAUCUGCUCCAUGAUCUGUUCAUGGUCUGUUUCCCAGCUGACAGCCUCAAAAAGAGCUCACUGUUUAACCUCACUCAUCAUCUUGCAUUUCACAAAGUUAUUAAGACUAUAAACAAAUGCAGAGAGAAUCCCGAUAUAUCCCUCAACUGUGCCAAUCUUCCAAAUGUAGAGGUUGCGAACCCAGGCAAGACUUUCUGAAUGUUACAGAGGAAUUCUGAACGUGCCUCAUUAAAAAGCACAAACUGUAGUUCUAAACAAUCAUUAUAGAAUAGUAAUUGUCUUGUUGUAAUGUUGCUUUGACAUGACUGAAUUUAUGUAUGCUUAAUGCGGAAGACUGACAAAAAAUGUUUUAAGAAGAAUCUAAGAGUUUGUAAUUGUUAAACCCUGCAGAUCACAAAAUGUUGUCCAGCACUAUGAUGAUUUCCAAAGGAAAUUAAGGAAUAGAGCAUUGUUGCUUUGCAAAGACAAGCCAGAGGAGUAUGUGUGAGUGUGAAAUACUUUGAAUUCACUUCAAUAAAUGUUUGAAUAACACUGGCUUUAUUACAGAGAUCUAGUAAACUAAAGUUCUUGGAAUGAUACUAAUGUCCCACAGCUAACUUCUGCUGUCUGUGUUGUGGAAAAAUAUCAGUCUUGUAGUUCAAAAAAUCUCUCAGACAAAGAAGGUCCGGGUGUCAAGGGGUUAACUUUAUUUGCUCGAGUCAAACAAAGUGAGAUGUUCCAAGUCAUCUAAAAACCAAGUGUUUUCAGUCUACAGUUAUAGUAAAAUGUCUGAAAGGUGGUCCUUUCUAAAACCAAUCAGGUAGAUUCCCGUUAUCUCUUAUUUUUAUU